AUGUUCUUUGGUAGCCGCUCUCGCCGUGCUGCCCAAAGCCAGAUCCUUACUCUUGAAGAAAUUCAUGAGGGACUACAUAGGCUGUGCCUUCCAUCCUCGGGACGUAGAAUAUCCGACAAGGAUGUUCGAAGCAUCCAAACAUUCCUUCAGGCUCUAGACGAGCGAUCCCAGCGAUUCAACGACCAUCGAUGGGUGUUGCGACCCCGGCUAUAUGCGAUACUUUACAAUAUUCAGGCCACGGAAUAUAUGAACGACUUUAUCCGUGACAACUUUACUGAUUUUCACCUCCCGUUUAAUGAGCAAACUCUUCCUCGCUUCUUCGAAAAUACGGAUGGAAAAUGUUCGAGGGCAGACUUUUUCACCACCCAAGACUAUUUUUUGACGAACAUAAAGGACAUAGAGUCUGAAAAAUCCAUUCAUCGUGUUUUGCCCGUAAGCGGGGAUAUGUACUAUAUUCGCGAGAGACAUCUUGGUCACGGUGGCUGCGGUGGUGUCGAUCUAGUAUUCAGUCGCCUCAGCAUAGAAAAAUUCGCCCGCAAACGAGUUAUGCGCAUACAUGGCACGGAGAAGGAGCAACAACACCUUAUCCAGGAACUAAAACAGCUAAGAAAACUGCAUCAUCACCAUUUAGUUAAGAUUAUUGGAAGCUACACCGACAUCGAAUGCAUAGCAUACCUGAUGAAACCUGUUGCGGAAGGGACUCUCGAGGAGUUUCUCAGCGGCUCUAGGGUACUGGGACCACUCGAAAAGGUUACUUUACGCCAGUUCUACGGUUGUCUUGCCGGGGCUAUGUAUUAUUUGUACUCCCACCAAGUGCGGCACAGAGACUUGACAGCAAGAAAUAUACUGAUUAGUUCUGCGGGCGAAGUUUACAUCAGUGAUUUCGGGUCCUCAUAUAACUGGUCGUCUAAGCCAUCCAGUAAGACGAAGCAUCGGGAUGUCCCAACAAGUCCAGACUAUAUGGCGCCCGAGGUUGCCAGAGGGGACGAACGAGGAACAAAGAGCGAUAUGUGGUCCUUGGGAAUCGUGUUUUUCGAGAUGACCACAAGGCUCCUUAAUCAUGGCCUGGAUGACGUCCGGAAACAGAUUCAAAGUAACUCCCACAAAUCUCGGGUUCAGCCAUAUCCGUAUGCCAACAUGAACGUCGUCACUAGCUGGAUACGAACUCUGGGGAGCACCAAUUCGGAUUACAGCUAUGAUCGUGAGCCACUCGGUUGGACUACAGAGUUGCUCCAUCUUGAGCAGCAGCAUCGUCCUAACCCUCCCCAGUUGAUGAAGUACAUCGCUGAAUCACCUUCAUUUGGUGUUUUCCGUUGUCUUGGAUGUGUCGAUGACUUUCAAAAUGAAAACCUUAUCUGUGGUCCGACUGUGUCUCGGACGGAUUAUCGAGAGAAUUCACGACAAACUCGGGAAGAUGUUGAAGAGCUGUUCAAGAGGUAUUCGUCGAAAUCUGACCCAAAUCCAAUAUCCGCAGAACGAACCGACUCGAUUAAGCAGUGGAUUGACGCCGCUGGCGCUGAUGACGACCUGGAGGCUUGCUGUCCGGAAUUGGAGAAUGCAGAAGACCCUUGGGAAAAAGAAAAUAUUGAAUCCAUCGAUUACGAAGACGCGAAAACUGAUCAAUAUCUGCACAGCACGUAUGAGUAUGAGUUUUACCAUCCCACUUAUCUUGAGAACGGUCCAGCCAGCCACUCGUCGCAUCGCGCCAACUAUGAGGCUUCGCUCUCCCAGCCCAAAAUUACCGAGUUGGCAGGAGACACGUCAUGGCCAUUAAACCCCUCUGAUACACCAGAGGUGAAGCUUGAGGAUGAUAAAGUCCUCCGAGACUCCGGUCUAGGGUUUUUGGAAUACGAAAGUUGCUCGUCAAAAGACGGCAAGGUCCUGCAGCCUUUUGAAGAACUCUCUGAUCGUUCUUCACUACACUCCGAAAAUAGCUCUUUACUUCCAGGCGAAGCCGAUUUCCUCGGGUCGCUGAUACCGGAGCGAAACCAAGUUGGAGAAGUUGAGAGAAACGACGAAAGGCCGCGGGAAAGCAGCGAGCUUCUAUUUGAUGAGGUGGACGACAGGUCUGAAACUGGAUAUCCGUGGGAUGAAGCUUCGGAUCGAUCAGAUUCUGAGAAAGAAAUCUUAACUGAUAGGAAGGGUGAUCCUAAAGCCAUGGUGAGUAUAGAAGAGCGACCUGAUGCCGAAGACUUCGAUGAAGCUCGACACAUUGUGGAACCAGAUGAUAUUGAGGAUGCGGAAGAUCUCCCAGUUUCGCCUUCGGUGUUAGGGAAACGGAUCCCACGAUAUGAAGACCAUCUAGUGAAGAAGGUGACCGACGCCUCAGAGCCUUUUCCUCAAGUCAGUGGCCGAGUCCUUCCACAGACCCACGAAGAGCCGAUUCCGGACUUCAUUGACCCUCAAGACGUGGAAAGACAGCCCGGGAAACUCGGCAGCACUAGGAGCAUAACCGAUAAAUCGGCUAGGAAUCUGGAAGGGACAACAACGGCCGGGUCUCGUCAAACCAAAUCGAACAAUACCAGGAAAGAACCAGCGGUCCCGGACAUAGUGGUCCAAGGUCCAAAUGGUCAUCGCAAAGCAUCAGCAAGGUUAACGAGAUAUAAUUUACUUUCUAUGGACCCCGCAAGGAGGACGCCUAUAAUUCCUCGCGAGCGUAACAGACUAGUGCCGAUUGAUGCCGAUAGACUCAUGAAUAACACUUGGGAUAUGGCAUCCAGCGCACCGACAUCCGUCCUUUCAGAAGAAACCAAGUCAGCCUUUACCAAGUUUUUUUUCAUGCUUCCCAGCAGUAAACAAAUUGAGGAUGCGCUCAGCCGUGCCUGCAAGGAAGGCUCUGCCAGCACCGUCAAAACUAUCCUGCAGAUGGCGCCAUCGAGGAACAAACCCCUUUUAAAAAUGCAAUAUUUCAAGCCUCUCGUACACGCCGUCAAAGGCGCCAGUCGCUGCCAUAAUAAGUGUGUCCGGGAGCUACUAGCUGCGGGAGUCAACCCAAACCACAAGAGCAGCAAAACUGGUCUUACACCACUCCACAUAGCAGUCCAACACGCCGAAUUUAAAGGAUAUGCGAAUCUUAUCUGGCUCCUUCUCUCCAAUCGAAUCAAGGCCGACCCCAACGGUCGCGACCGGGACGGGGAGUUACCUCUCAGGAAGUUAUUUCUCGGUGCCGAUGACAAUCCAUUGGAGCCACACAAGCGCGGAGCGCUCAUCAUGCUCCUCAAGGCCGGGGCCAAACCGGAUUUCGCUUUACCAGGAUCAAAACACACGCCACUACAUCUAGCCGUCCGACGGCAGGACGAGAUUGUCGUUGCUAUGCUGCUGCACGGGGGUGCGGCCGUUGACGCCAAGGAUACGAGCGGCACCACACCUUUACAGAUAACGGCCAAACAAUUCAAGGGAGAGCUUAGUCCAGACCACGCGAGAGUCCUUGAUCAUCUACUGCAACAUGGCGCACGUGUAGAUCUUCGAGCAGGUGCCUUGGGGCGUACAGCACUACACUGGGCCGUGAUUGCGGGAUCCGCUCAAGCUGUUUCGAGGCUGGUAGAGGCUGGGGCAGAUGCAUCCAAGAAGGAUUACGAAAAGAACGACGCAAUCGGGUUAGCAAUCAAACAUGCGGCGAAACUCACAGCGGGAGGUAGCGCGGAAAAGCUUGCGGACCAUGUCGAGAUUAUGCAGGACCUUAAGGGCGCAAAACGAUGUGGUGGCAAGUUGAUCGAGGGGACAUGUGCCAUUGAGACGGCCUGUAAAAGCAACGAUGUGAAGUUCCUGAGAGGUUUGCUCGACCAUGGACUUGAUCCAAAUUCACCCUUUCGAGGCGGUACCAUCUUGGAGUUUGCGAAGAGGUAUGGCAGCGUCGCAGCUAAAUGGCUGUUGGAAGAGGUGACAUCCGGAAGAUGA